AUCAUGGAGGGUAGAUCUAGUUUUGGUAAAAAGCAUAACAAGACCCACACCUUCUGUCAGAAAUGUGGUCAAAGAGCCUUCCACAUUCAGAAAAAAACGUGUGCACUAAAUUGGUCCAAUACGACCCAGCAGGGGAAGAGAGCUGGUACAGGCAGAAUGAAUCGAACUGUGCCCAAAGCAAAAAAAAACACGGUUGUUGCUCCAGCUUCAUCAGUGUGA